AUGGCAGCUAAGUUGGCCAGGAGAAUGGUCCUUGGGACAUGUCUCCUUAUCUUGUUCUGGGUGCUUUUUUUUCGGUCGGCAGUACGCAACCAUGUGCGACAUGAAAUUACGAGCGCACCACUGCCACCACUCGACUUUUUAAAAGCAACUUCGGAUCGCUCACAAAGACACAAGGAGUAUUACGCCUCGGCAGCAGCGCGUGACUUUUGCGCAGCCAGUGGUUAUUCAGUCUUUAAGCCACGCAGUGUCUCCAAUGAGCGAAAAGUAUAUGACCUUGUCAUGGUGAAUGAUGAAUUGGACUUUCUAGAGAUUCGGCUCUAUACACUCUACGACUUUGUCGACUACUUUAUUAUUGUGGAAUCGCCAAAGACUUUCCAAGGUAAUAACAAAGCCCUUGUUAUCAAAGAGAACUGGGACAGAUUUCAUCGCUAUCACGACAAGAUGGUUUAUCACGAGUUGUUUUUUCCAUCGUCAUUCUCCCCAAAACGUGCAUGGGACUAUGAAGAUCUACAACGAGACGCCAUGUACACCCAAGUUAUGCUUGAGUUGAAGAAGCAGCAAGCUCCAGCCAAAGGGGACGUUAUUAUUGUGGCUGAUGUUGAUGAGAUUCCCCGCCCAGAAGCCCUACUCGUGCUCCGUUCUUGUAACUUCCCAAGACGGCUUACACUUGGCUCUAAAUUUUACUACUACUCUUUUCAAUUUCUACACACUGGGCCGGAGUGGCAACACCCAGAAGCGACAUACUACCAGGGAUGGCGCACCAUCAAGCCUACAAACCUACGCAACGGUGACGGCGGUAUAGCGCCUUUCCGCGGCUAUGAAAAGGGAGUGCUAGGUAAUGCCGGGUGGCAUUGCAGUAGCUGCUUCGCGACAAUUGAGCAAUUUCUUAACAAAAUGGCAAGCUUUUCUCAUGGUUGGAUGAAUGCGGAGGAGUAUAGAAAUAAGGACAAGAUUGCCGACGCAGUAAGAAAAGGCAAGGAUUUAUGGGCAAGGAAAACUGAUACAUUCAUUAGGAUCAGCAAGAAUGAGGACACGCCUCCACUAGUAACUCAGGACUUGGAACGGUUUGGUUAUAUGGUAAACCGAGAUGGACCUUCGGCGGGAUUCAUAGAUUACCCAUAG